AUGGCUCCCCGCAGUUUUACGCAGGUUGCCAGGCUACUUGCCAUCGCAGCUACUCAACUUUCUUUUGCCCAUUCCUUUGUUAAUAAUAACACUCAUUCACUUGCUCAAAACAAUACACACCUUAAUGAAACCCAUGCGCAGAAUAGCGUGUCUAAGACGAGUGCCAGCCGCUUGGGACUCCAGGGGCUGGAUGCGGCUGCCGCAGACAAACCUGGUCAGGAUGACCACACGUGUGGCCCCGAUCGCCCUUGCAAGAACAAGGCAUGCUGUGGCAAGUCUGGCUGGUGUGGCUACAGUCCAGAUUUCUGCGGCACGGGCUGUCAGUCCAACUGUGAUGCCAAGGCAGAGUGUGGACUGUAUGCCUCGCCUCAGGGCAAAACCUGCCCCCUCAACGUCUGUUGCUCCGAGUUUGGCUUUUGCGGUACCACCGCCGAGUUUUGCGCUCCUGGUUGUCAAUCCAACUGCAACCAGCCCAAGCCCCCGGGCGGCUCGGGUAACGAUGUGCGAACUCGCGUAAUCGGUUACUGGGAAAGUUGGAACUCACAGCAUCCGUGUGGACGGAUGGGCCUUGACGAGAUCCCCGUCGAAUUACUGACUCAUCUCAACGUUGCCUUCGGAUACAUCAGUGAAGAUUUUCGAAUCACCAACAUGGACGGUAUUAGUGAUGAUCUAUAUCGUAACAUGGGCAAUGUCAAGGCUCGCAAUCCCGCACUGAAAAUCUCGAUUGCAUUAGGCGGAUGGACCUUUAAUGAUCCUGGUCCCUGGCAAAACCGAUUUUCGCAAGUUGUCGCGACCGAGAAUAGCCGAGCUACAUUCAUUAAAAACCUUUUGGGAUUUUUGUCGGAGUAUGGCUAUGACGGUGUCGAUUUCGGCUAG